CAAGGCUUGCCCAAGGCUUCCCCUCGCCCAUGCCACGCUCGCGCCUCCCCCCGACUCCACACCCGCGGGCAUGAUCCGCGGCGAUGGAGGACUCGGCGCCAUCGUCCGCCGCACCUGACCCUCCCCUUUCCCCUCCACCUUCCACGCCCCCGCACCCGCACCCGCACCCGCCCGAGGAGGAGGGGGGCUGCUGGGUGCUCGUUCCGGCCAGCGAGGUCGAGGGGGCCCACGCGCCCAAGGUCAUCCACUGGGACGACCUGCAGCAGGAGCUCGCGCGCCUCUGGAGCCUCUCCGCCGCGCUCCAGCCCGCCGAGGACCGCAAGGCGCACCUCACCGCGCGCCUCGAGUCCGCUCUACAGGUUAGGCAGGCGUUUCUCGAGCAGGACAAUGAGUUGGCUGAAAUGAGGCAGAGACUGCAAGAGCGUACUGACCGUCUGGGGGAUCUGAAGACGCGCGCCAAGAAGCUGUCAGAGGAUGUUGUGGUUCGGAGGGAACAGCUUUGUGUCAAGAUCAGAACGUUGUCAGGGGCAAGCAAGGCUCUCGAGGCUGCACGCAGCAAUCUGAAGGAAGCUAAUGAAUUGCUGUCAGGGGAAAAUGGUUGUGGGCGCCUUAAAGAUCUGGAACAGCAGUUACGGAUGAGACAGCAAUAUAUGGUAGCGCAAGUUGCUCAGAUAUAUCCUGUGAGGCCUUUGGAUGAACAAUCUUCAGAUCACAAACCUGGAUUUACUUCCAACAUAACGAAAACAAGUAAUGUUGAAUCAGUGUUGCCAAAUAGCCCCCAAAACAGACCUUUGGUCAUAUUGGGUCUACAGUUAUCAAAGCUUUCUGUGAAAAAGACUGGCUACUUCAGUGACAAGACAGAGGUUCAGAAAUCUUCGACUGUUCUUGGAUAUGCUGCUCAUGCAGUCUCCCUCAUUGCAUCCUAUCUCAAUGUUCCUCUUCGGUAUCCUUUGCGCUUUGGAGGUUCACGGUCAUAUGUUCUCGACCCUGCGCCUUCAGUUGAGCCAUCAUCUAUAACCUCAGUAGGAACGUCUGUCCCUCCCAGCACAAGCAUGAGGACAACGGAGUUCCCUCUGUUUCUUGACAGCCAGGAGACAACAAGGUCAUCAUAUGCGAUAUUCUUGUUGAACAAGGAUAUCGAGCAACUUCUGAAUUACAUUGGCGCUGAAAGCCUCGGGCCAAGACAUGUCCUAGCAAACCUGAAGCAGCUGACAACGAUCAUCCAGUCACAAGGAUACAUUUCUGAUGGUUAGUUUAACCCAGAUACAGUUUUGGUGCUGUGAGUUUAGUCCAGAAGACACAGGCACCCUUUUUUUUAACCCCCCUUUGAGUCUUGAGUCUUGACACACAAGAGUUGGUCGCUGUCUCUGUGCUGACACGCUCAUUGUAAAUGAGCAAAAUGGAGUCACUACCAGGUUGUACAGGAAAGAUGUGGAUCAUACUACUGUACUGUGCUAUAUACGCAGCAACCGGAGGCGCUUGUUCAUGGGAAAAUUAUCCAUGUUGUAGCGUGUUUCUUGAUGUGGAUAGCGCUGGUGAG